UAUUUAUUUAUUAUCACUGUUAUUAUUUUAUUUUUUAUUUAUUAAUGUCUAAAGAAGUUGAAUCAGAACAAAGACAAUCAACAGCUCAUGACGCGUUUAUAAAGGCACCUCCUUUAUCGACUUUUUCUUUACCAUCUAACUUUAAUAAUAAAAUGCCCUCAAUUAAACAAUAUAAUAAUAGACCUCAAUUAUCAAAAUUCAUGUCAAAAUGGUUAACACAACAAUCUUUAGAAGAAACUGCAUUUGCAGAAGAAAAAUUCAUCAAUAUUAAAUUACCUUCAAUAAAUAGAGAAAGUCUUGAUGCUACUUUACUUUUAAAAGAGAUUUAUGUCAUUGUAUCUGUAGCCACUAUAUUAUCCUUGGCCUGUACAUUCUUUUUAACUUUAUAUCAUACAGUCAAUAAUUUACUUUAUUCGUGCAUGUUAGCAGGUUGGCUUCUUUUCUUGGCUUGGUUCAUUUUCGGCAGGUCCGAUAUAAUACCUUUUAUAAAAUAUAUGCGUUUAUAUGCUUUAGUCAUGCCUGUUUUAACUGUUUGGUCUUAUAGUCGAAGUCUAGAUUCUAUUGUUCUAUCUCAAAUAUUAGCUUGUAUCUUAUUUUUUAUCGCUGAACGCUUAACAAAUAUCUAUGAGCAUUUACUAGAUGAAAUGUUUCAACAAAGACAAUUAGAUCGAAUAAGAGUAGAGGAAGCUAUUAGCGAUGCUUUAGAUCGUUAUAGUAAUCAACGUUCACUUUUUCUCUCAAUCAUCUCUCAAGAAAUUCGUGAUGCUGGUUUAAUGGUCAGAGCUACUUUAGAACAGUUUUCUCCUUCUUCUAUUUUAUCUAAUACACAUGAAUUGUUGAGUACUUGCUCUAUUGCUGUUCCAAUAGCUAGUAUUUCGGCAAUCAAUACAACUAUACAAGAAGCUUGUCAUAUAAGUUCUCAUCUAAACUUAAUAUCGAAAAUGCUUAGAGAUUCUGAUACUCACAGCACUAUACCUGAAGAAAAAAUAAUUAGAACAAAUGUAAAGAAUGAAUUUGAUGUUGGAGAACUUUUACAAAAUGUAGGUGAUGCUUUAGCUGGCAUGUCUGCUAAUUUAGGUGUCCAUUUCGUAAUCUAUCAUGUGGAUAAUGGAUUUUACUAUCCAAACGUCAUUGGUGAUGAAGAUGCUAUUAAACACUCAUUAACUAAUUUGCUAAGAAAUAUUUUAGAAGGCUGUACACCAGGCGCUUGUAUUGAAUUGGGUUUAUUUAUUGCACCUAUACCCGAUACACCUAAAGUAAAAGUGACAUUUGAAAUUACUCAAAUAGCUUCACCCGCUAUCCCUAUUGGUUUAUCAGCAGCUUUAAUUCCAAAUGCUAAUUUUACUACACAGUUAUUAAAUUAUAUUGGAGGGAAAAUGGAAUUAGAGGAUUUAGGUAAAAAUAAAACUCGUAUGGAGAUCUCGUUAGAAUUAUACCCUGGUAGUAAUACAGAUCAAAGACUACUCUUGAUUGAAAAACCAUCUCAAAUUCUCGAGAAACAACUCUCUAAUAUUCGCUUUUCAAAUGAACCUACUCUAGAAGAUUUAUCAAAAUUCAUUACCCAGUUAAAGGGGGUCAAAUUGAUCUUACAUGCACCAGAGAAAAGUCUGUUUGCAAAACAUCUUACAAGUUGUUUGACUACUUGGAAUACAGAUAUCAGUCAUUUAUCAGUACUUGGUUAUACAGAUGACGAAGAGGGGAGUAGCGAUAUGGGUACUGUCGCUGGUUCAGAUUCAGAAACUUCUUCUGUCCAUUCUCAAUCGCUUAAAACACCAUUAGAAAAGCAUGCAACACUAUCACCUGUAUCAUCUCGCUCUAUUAAUAGUGUCAAUACAAACGGUAGCAAAAUUCCUUCUCCAGCAAUUGCAGAAGAUCAUAUACAUUCUAUUCCACCUGCUUUCAUCUUAAUCGAUGAUGACAUUUUAACUUUGGAAAGGAAGCUUCGUGAGUUUCGUGAUAAACCACCUGUCCCCUUAAUGCAAUCACAGCAACCUCAGCAACCACUACGUCGUCAUCAUCGAUCAAAGUCAAGACAAAAUGGAUUAGAAAAUCCUGUACCUCAAGGUACUGUUGCCAUUAUUUUCUUUACUUCGCUUAUUAAUUAUAAACGUGUACGAGAUACAAUUCACUGGUUCAAUAGUAUCAGUCAACCUCCCUAUUUACCACGUAUAGUUGUUGUUCCUAAGCCUGCAGGUCCUCGACGAUUCUUAACAGCCCUUCAUACUGCAUGGUAUAAUGCCAUCGUUGAACCUCAAUUUAUUCCAAUCGCCACGUCUCCUUUAAGCCCUUUUAUGAGUCCCCAUUGUACUUCCUCUUCUUCUUCCAACGUUCCACAAGAUCAUGUAUUGCAUACGAUUAGCAGCUGUUCAACUUUUGUUACACCAGGAGUCAUGACGCCCCAUGAGAAUGCAUCUCGAUUUUCACCAGGAAGAAGGCCCCCCGGUGCUCCACCUUCAUCAUCAGCACUACGACCCAAUAUUCAUUCACCUAGUAAUCCCUAUAUAGAAUCAGAGAAGGGAGGCUACUUUUUUGAUCCUAAUGCUGCCAAUAAUCUAUCUUCCAAGUUGAAUAAUACCUCACCUCUUUUAUCAGCAACUGUAAAUAACACAGCUAAAAAAAUAGCAAGCCCUGUCUUGAUGCCUUUGAAUACAAAUAAUAAUAUUACUACUACUACUACUACUACUACUACUACAAAUGGGUUAAUGACACCUAGUAUUAAUAGUAGUGGUCCAUGUAUGAAUAGCAAUAAUACUUCAAACGCAACACCAAAUGAGAUUAAACGACGGAUCAGAACGCAAAGUAAUAGUUAUAUGACGAUGGGUUCGCAUGUUGCUGGAAGACGUAAUCUAGUUGAUCUUUCUACAUCAUCUGCAACAGCAGCAGUAUCUCCAUCUACAUUAUUAUCUAUUAAUUAUAAUGAUCCAAUGAAAUGUGUAACUUGUCCUGAAGAAGAAGGUAAAUCUUCCUCAUUGACAACCAAUAGUUGUUCCACAGCUACCAAAAUAGAAGAGAAUGCACAAGUUAUUCGUGAACCUAUUAUCGAAACUGUGCCAAUAACAACAACAACAACAGCUUCAUCAUCAUCACCACCACUACCACCACCACCACCUUCUCCUCCACUACCAUCAUCAUCAUUAUUGUCGUCAUCAUCACCUGUUGCUACAACAACAACAACAACAACAGUAUCGCCUUCAGUGAUUAUAAAUGAGAAUAACAUAUCACCUAAUAAAGGAGUAUCUGAUAAUACAGAUCUUAAUUUAUCUCAACAGAUAUCACCAUCAACAAAUGUGACUACGACAUCCGUACAACCAUCAACACAAAAUGCAACUAUAAAGUCCAAACCAACGAAAUUUAAUUUCAAACUUAGUAACCGUAAACGUAAAGGAAAGUCAAAUUCUUCUGAUAGUAAGCAAAGUCCUCCUAUUAGUGUGUUGAUUGUAGAAGAUAAUAUGAUUAAUCAAGCUAUUCUGUCAACUUGGAUGAAGAAACAUAGUAUCAAGUUUUCUGUUGCCUCCGAUGGAAAGGAAGCAGUAGAGAAAUGGAGUGAAGGUGGAUUUCAUCUAAUUUUGAUGGAUAUUCAAUUACCUGUCAUGGAUGGUAUUGCAGCAACAAAGAUGAUUCGAUCGAUAGAAAAGGAGAGAAAGAUAGGUGUAUUACCAUCUAAUUCUAUUGAAAGGGAAGAAAAGGAGAAGGAAGAGGAGAAGCAUGUUUCUUCAUUUCAGUCACCUGUUAUUAUUGUUGCCCUAACAGCAUCCUCACUUGAAUCAGAUAGACAAGCAGCUCUUGCCGCAGGUUGUAAUGAUUUUCUUACAAAACCAGUUAGUCUUGAAUGGUUGGAAAAGAAAAUAAUGGAAUGGGGUUGUAUGCAAGCCUUGAUUGAUUUUGAGGGAUGGAGGAAAUGGAAGCGUUCUUCUGCACGUAAUAACACUACUACUAGUUUACAACAACAUCAUCAUCCUUCAGUCGUCACAAACGCUCUUCGACUUCGAAAGGAUAACAUUAUGCUUAAUAAAGAAGCGUUAGCCGCAUAUGCACGAGAAAAAGAACAACUUGAACUUCGAACAAGAGAAAUGAUGAAAGAUGAAUCUCGAGCAAUUAUUCUAUUGGGUAUUAAUAAACGAAAAAUGUCUACGGCUAUUCUCCCUGAUACUCAAUCAUCACCUACAUCCAGAUCUGGCACACCACCACCACCACCACUACCACUAUCACUAUCACUAUCACUAUCACUACCACAGUCAUCACAAUCGCAAUCACAAUUAAAUGGCUCUGUGACCAAGACAGUAAAUUAUGGCCAAACAUUACAUAAAACAGCUUCUGAUCAUGAGUUAUCGAUACCAAAACAAGUAGAAGCAAGGGAGCAAAAGAGACUUCUAGAAGAAGAACGAUUAAUGAAUCAACAAUACGAGAGUGAAUAAUGAUCCUUAUAAUGAGUUUAAAUACUAUGAAAGGAGAUGAACCAAC